CGUGUUUACAUCUGGAAAGUCGCUAUGAUGAGUUGAGCAGAGUGGGGAAAGAAGAACAAAUUGGGGUUUAAUUAAACAGAUUGAAGAGUUUUGAAGAAAUUCAUCAACAAGUCGAUCGAAUCAGAAAAUGCCGGUGAGAGUUGUCGAUACUUCUUCUCCUUCCCAAGUCUCUGGUACAACUGCAGGAAACACUUUGCCGCCGCCUUGUACUCUUUUAAGCGUUGGUCAGUCCUUUUCAGGGACUCAAAAUGUUUCAAGUCUACAGAAAGACGAAGCAUGGAGAGUAAAUGUAAGAAUCAAAGGUUGUGAUCUUGAUCAUGGCUACUUAUGUGGCACAAUGGAAGCUCUAAAUGUUCCUAUGGCCGAUACACCUGUUGUUACUUUCUGGGAAGGGGAAAUUGUUGAUACCAAGAAUUAUACUUUCUUCACUGGAAAAUGGGGAGCAACUGCAGAAGACGAUAUAAAGCACUGGACAAAGUUCCCGUCAUUCCCACCUUUACUUAGCCAAGUGGAAGUUGAUGGGGGGAAAUCUCUAGACUUGAGUAACUAUCCUUACAUAUUUAUGAGGUGGAAAGAGCAAUACUUUGUGAAUGUUGGACCUGACUGCGGACUGACAAUUGCUGGAUUUUAUUACGUUUGCUUCUCUUGCAACGAUGGUUCGAUUAACGGCUUCUAUUAUGACCCUAACAGCAGCCCUUUCCAGAAGCUGGAGCUCAAGUCCAAUAACGAUGAAAAAUCAGGGUUCCGUUUCUCGACAUACGAGUUGCAAUAAAUUGAAGGCAUGGAGUUGGUAUAAUAUUACUGGGAAGCCUUAAUCUUGGAGUGAAAUGUAGUUAUCCAGAGAUGAUGUGGCUAUGAGCUGAACUCGCACAAACAGUUUGGUGGUUGCAAAUGUGCAGUGUCUUUUGGUGACGUGGCCUUUUGUCAUACGCCCAAUCCAAUUUUUUUUUUUUUUUUGCUAUUUUUUCUGAUAUAUAUAUAAAACAACCAUAAUAUCUCUAUCCUAUUUUGGGCUUCCUUUGUAGCUAGUAUUUAAAAUUUAAAAAUUAAAAAGUAAAUUAAUUAGACAAGAUAUGGUGGAGAUAACCAUAGCAAUUAAUUUCUUUGAGGGUGUAAUAUAGUAUAACCAACCUACGCAUCACGUAGAAUGGGUUUUUGUUUUGUAUUUAUUUUUAUUUAAAUCGUAUUUCAUUUUUUAUUAUAAAAUUAAUGUAUGAAUGAUGUCACUUUAUUAUAGAUAUAUUAUGUAUUGAU